CAUCCAAAAAGGAGGAGGAAGAGGAGGAAACUGGAUAUCUGGGCCCGGAUUCCCAAACUCAUCUUAAGGCAUCCAAUGGUUCUAAUGAUGAACUUAGCAGUAAAAUGGUUUUGAGAAACCGGGCCCUGAUUAACACUAGAGAGAGACGUGACCAUCGUGGAUCCACUGGGGAGCCUCAACAACAUCAUGAUGCUGACGAGGCAGACAAGAACCUCUCCACAUCAGAACAUCUCAAGCGGAACUCAGAACAUCUCAAGCGUAACUCUUCCCACUGCUCUGACCGUGGGAAGAGUUACUCAAUAUCAGGUUCACUGAAAGUGCACCAGAGAUUUCACACAGAAGAGACAUCUCACUGCUGCUCUGACUGUUGGAAGAGAUUCACCUCUUCAGCAGACCUCAAAAGACCUCAGAGAAUCCAUAGAGGAGGGAAACGUAAGAGCUGUGAUCAGUGUGGGAAGAGAUUUAAUGUUCCAAGCAGCCUGAAAACACACCAGAGAAUACACACAGGAGAGAAACCUUACAGCUGUUAUCAGUGUGGGAAAAGUUUUACCUCAUCUAGCCACCUGACCAUACACCAGAGAACACACACUGGAGAGAAACCUUACAGCUGCUCUGACUGUGGGAAGAACUUUUCAAAACUAUAUACAUUACAAUCACACCAGAGAAUUCACACUGGAGAGAAACCCCAUAGCUGUGAUCAAUGUGGGAAGAGUUUUACAACAUCUAGUCAUCUGACUAUUCACCAGAGAACACACACAGGAGAGAAACCUUAUAGCUGUGAUCAAUGUGGGAAGACAUUUUCAAAAUUAUAUACAUUACAAUCACACCAGAGAAUUCACACUGGAGAAAAACCUCAUAGCUGUGAUCAAUGUGGGAAGAGUUUUACUACAUCUAGCAAUCUGACUAUUCACCAGAGAACACACACAGGAGAGAAACCUCAUGGCUGUGAUCAAUGUGGGAAGAGUUUUACUACAUCUAGCAUUCUGACUAUUCACCAGAGAACACACACAGGAGAGAAACCUUACAGCUGUAAUCAAUGUGGGAAGAGUUUUGUUACAUCCAGCAAUCUGACUAUUCACCAGAGAACACACACCGGAGAGAAACCAUAUAGCUGUAAUCAAUGUGGAAAGUGUUUUGCUCAUGCAGGCAACCUGGUAGCACACCUGAGAAUUCACACUGGAGAGAAACCGUAUAGCUGUGAUCAAUGUGGGAAGAGUUUUACUUCAUCUAGCCAUCUGACUACACACCAGAGAACACACAGGAGAGAAACCUCAUAGCUGUCAUCAAUGUUGGAAGAGAUACUCUGAUAAAAGAUCUGUGAUUUAAACAUCAGAAAAUACAUUUAUGAAGGAGUUGUUUCAUGAUAUCAAUGAAAUAAUGUCACAAUGUAGAAUGUUUUAACAUUGUAGUAGGAGUGUUCUAAUGAUGCCACAAUGUAGAAUGUUUUUAACAUUGUAGUAAUGUAACCUUUAUUUAACUAGGCAAGUCAGUUCAGAACAAAGAACUAUUUACAAUAGCAAAAUGUCGUUAAAAAGACGUUGAAAAGAAGACCCGACAUCCAUCAUGGUCGGUUUUGGUUGAAAGUGAAAGUUGAAAAGACGUCUUCUUCGGGUGCUUGUGCUCAGCGAUUUGAAAACAACUUAAUUUCAACGUACUUGCAGCCUAUACAGGCUCUAUGAACAAUUUUAUUGACCGUCAUAUCACUCCAGUAUUUACACACAGUAUUUCUUUACAACGUUCAAGUGCUAAUUGUCUUUCUUCCACUACUGAAGAAGCAUGACUCAAAUCACCUCAUAUUUCAAACAUUCAGCCUGACAAAAUAUACAUGUUUUAUUAUUCCAUGCCUCACUAUGUUAAUUAUUGCCAAUACAUAUUAACAAAGGGGUGAACAUUUGGUUUUGAUAUUUCAUAUUUUACAUGUAACAUUUUCAACUAACUUGACAAAUUUUUUUGGUACAAUUAUAUUGUUUACUAACAAUGUAGUAAAACUAACUUAUAUUUCUGGUUGGAUAUUACAUCCUAUUCUUACUAUUUUAAUCAAUGUCUUUUCCUUAGAAUGAUCAUUAGUCUUUCAGCUUGUUAUUCUAUAGUUUUAAUGUCUUUUCCUUAGAAUGAUCAUUAGUCUUUCAGCUUGUUAUUCUAUAGUUUUAAUGUCAUUUCCUUAGAAUGAUCAUUAGUCUUUCAGCUUGUUAUUCUAUAGUUU